AUGCCUCCGCUGUCGGCAUACACACCUUUUGAGUCCUUGCUCUUCUUCCAGUCCCUGGCCACGUCCGAUGUGCGACCGGCGAGCUUCGCGACAAUCUCCAAUUUGCUGCGAAAUAACCCACUAGUACACCAGAAUGUAGCGUUUAGCGCAGAUCGCCUGACUGCCGAGGCCUUGGAGGACCUUUAUGUGACGUUGCUGCGAGAUGGAUUGGACCGCGACGCUCCACCCGGACAGAAUGGACGACCGACUGAAAGCUCGGGCGCUAGCAACCCUAAGAAGCGCAAGAUCGCCAGCCCACGACCGGAGGGGCUAUCGGACGGAGUUUCACAUGCCGUUUUGGUACCAGAACUCGUGUCGCAUCUUUAUGCGCGGUACAGGGAGCUUGUGACUAAAGGGAUCAGGGACGAUGAGAAGAGGUAUACUGAAAUCAAGAAAGAAAUUGAACACCUGAAGGAGGAUGAGAGCAAGCCGCUUGCUCCAGGCACCAAGGAGACUGCUGUCAAGGAUGUGGACCUCGAGACUGAACCGAUGGAUGUGGAUGUGAAGCAAGAGACCUCGCGACGGGAGCGACCAGACUUUGCGAUUCCCCUCGGACAGUCCCCCGAGGCAAAGAAACCGCCCGGAGAGGGUAGUGGCCAAUUUCAAGCAAAAGAAACUCAGCCUCCGGCUCCUACGCAAGCACCGACCCAUGACUCUCAAGCACCGCAAUCGCAGACUGUCAACGGUCAAAUGGUUCCGCAAGCGCCAGUACCCCCGCCGCUCGCGCCUCGGGCUCAGCAAGUAGCUCCUGCGACGCCUGCAGCAGCAGCAAAAGCACCUCAUCCUUCUCAAAUCGCACCUCGUCCCAAUGUGCCCGGAGGCACACCCGUGGCUGGCAGUGCCGGUGUUCUCCCCGGAUCUUCCCAACCAACUCAAGCGAGUUUCCAGCAGUGGCAGCUUGACCCACCUCCUCAAUCUCCUUAUUCCGCAACUUCUCCCAAUAUUGCUGCCGCACCACCAGGCUCCACGUCUACCAAACAACCUCCACCCGGACCCAUUCAACUUCCAUCAAACAAGACUUCAAUAUCUUCUACUGUUCCGAGCACGCCGGGUGCUCUCCCUUCAGGUGCCCAAACGCCCGUCCCCAUUGGCCAUCCUCGUGUCUCGCACACCCCGAGUGUGGUCAUUCCGUCAUACUCUGAUCGUCGUGGUUCGCGUCCUCGACUUUCCAUUGAUACCCCUGGCUCCUCAACACCAUGGAAGAUGACCCCGCGUGCGAGCGUCGUCGAAUCUCCUGUAUCACCCGCACGUCCAGGCCCGGGUGAUGUCAGUCCGAUCAGUGAUCGGGCUCCCUCUCCCGAUGCCAUGGAUGUGUCACCUCCUCGAGAACGAAAGUCCCGGCGUGGCCAGGCAGAAGCCAAGGCUGUAUCUAAUAUCAAGUCCGAAAAACCAUCCACUCGCCGGACGCGUGCGACGAGUACCGCUUCAUCACCGAGUCGUGGGCGUUCAGCGACCCCCCGGGCAUUGUCCCCCGAUGUCGAAGAUUCGCGGGUUAGCGGACGUCGCAAGGGUGUUGCGGCUGAUACAGAUGACCAAGCUGCGAAAAAUCGUUCUAAGCGCAAGCGAGGUACCAGUGAAGCAUUGGAACCGGAACCUACGCCCAUAGAAGCCCCCAAGGUGGAUACUCGCUACGUGAUGUGCACACGUGGUUUCCACCGAACGGCGGCACCGAUCUUGAACGAUGUGACUACCCAUAAGCUUGCUUCCAUUUUCGCAAAGCCCAUCGGAGAGCGUGAUGCGCCGGGCUACCAUGAUCUUAUUUACCGACCCCAGGACCUGAAAUCAAUUAAAUCUGCCGUCCACCAAGGAAGCAAGGCUGUGGCCGCGGCGACGGAGGCCGUCAGUACACCUGCGGGUGACGGCGAAUCACCUGCUCCUGCCGUCGGUACACCUUCCAAACAUAACGCCCUCAUGCUGCCAAAGACCGAGGACCUGGUGCCUCCAAAGGGUAUUGUGAACUCUUCGCAACUCGAGAAAGAGUUUGUCCGCAUGUUUGCCAAUGCGAUCAUGUACAACCCAGCCACUGAGCGUGGCUUUGGUCCUGCUUUCCCAAUGAUCAGUGACCGUGGCACUCGUGAGAGCACGCAGUCAGAGGGCGACGAGGGGGGCAUCAUUCAGGACUCACUGGAGAUGUUCGAGGAUGUUGAGCAGGCUGUAAAGCGAUGGCGCGAUGCAGAACGCACGGCCGACGAGCUGGCGAACAAGAACAUCCUCUCACUCCGACGCGGCAGCGCCAGUGACUUUAACACUGAUAGUGCCGACGAUGUCAAAGGGUGA